GCGGCGGCGGCGGCGGCGGGUCCGGCGUGGUUGUCGUGGGCUGAAAGGCCGGGGAGCUGAGCGCUGGCGGGAGAGCAGUAGCCGGAGGCUGCUCCGCUGCCGGGGAGAGGGGCAGAGCCUGGUGGGACAUCUACACUCUUCCGCUUCCAGAAAUGUCUAAUGCAAGAGAGAAGAAACGAGCCAAGAAAAUGAGAAAUCAGCCUGCUAGUGUCACUUUAUCUUCUGAGUGUGGACCAUGUCAUGGUGGAAUACAGCACCAUAAUGGGGGAAGUAGCUCUUUUCAAACUACAAAACAAGCAGAUCUCCAUCCUGAUAGUUCACAGGAGUAUCAGCAGCAGAGAUCUCAACAUCAGUCUCCUGGACCUUCGUACAGGAAAGAACAACAUUUUUCUAAGGGGCAAAAUAGAGGUGAGAGAGGUAGAGGAAGAGGAGGUUGGGGAGGAGGACGCCAAAAUGUUUCUCAAGAAAUGCCUAAAUACGUAACAGCAUCUACCUUUGCUCAAGCCCGUGCUGCUGAAAUCAGUGUUAUGUUGAAGGCAGUUACACAGAAGUCUUCCAAUUCAUUAGUCUUUCAGACUCUGCCUAGGCACAUGCGAAGACGAGCCAUGAGUCACAAUAUUAAACGCCUACCUAGACGGCUCCGUGAGAUUGCCAGAAAAGAGGCAGAGAAAGCUGUGCAUCAGAAAAAAGAGCAUUCAAAGAACAAGUGCCGAAAAGCUCGAAGGCGUCACGUAAACUUGGUGGUGGAGUUUAAUCGCAGGCAGAAGAAGAAUAUUUGGUUGGAAACACAUAUUUGGCAUGCAAAGAGAUUUCAUAUGGUGAAGAAAUGGGGAUACUGCUUAGGAGACAGACCCACAACUAAGAGCUAUAGGGCUUGCUACCGAGCCAUGACAAAACACUGCCUUCUUCAGGAUUUAUCAUAUUACUGUUGUCUGGAGCUGAAUGGAAAAGAGAGAGAGCUUCUGAAGGUGCUUGCUCGGAUGUGUAGUAUAGAUACAGGGCCAACUUUUGCAGCCGUGCCUUGUCUGUCUGGAAGGCUCCAGGGCUCUCUGGUCCUUUACCGUGCAGAUCGCUACCCUGAGGAGGUGCUUGGUCCUAUUACUUUCAUUUGGAAACCCCAGGAUGGGUCUUGUAUUACUUCUGAAACUAGACAGCUGUGGAUCUGGACACAUCCAUCCCUUAAGCAGGAAAUACUGAGUGAGCUAAAAGCAGUCUGUCAGUGUUCAGAGCCUGUAGAAACCUGUUCUCCUGAACCAAUUGUCACACUGCUUCAAGAAGAAAAACAAACAGAUGUAGCUAUGUGUGUUGGCAGGAAAAGGAAGAGGGAAGACAAUGAAGGAGAAACAGCUGUGCCAGUGGAAAAAAUCAUUGGCGAUGGAACCAGAGUUCCACUUCAGUCAUACUGCUGGACAUCACAAACUACUGGCAUUGUGAUCAGUGAUUUGACCAUGGAGAUUCUCAGAUAUCGGUUGAUUGGCCCACUCUCGCACUGUGUCCUUACAGAAGCACUGAAAACUGCUCCUAUCCAAACUGUGAUGGCAGAUGCAGAAACGGAACUUAACAAUUGGUGGGUAGAAAACUGCAAGAAUUCUGAGAAGGUGUCUCUUCAUCAACGUCAAGAAGCCAUCUUCAAGUUGUUGCAAGGGAUAAGCUCUCCAUCAGAAAUUGCAGCAGGUACAAUACUGGGCCUGACUGUUGGGGAUCCUCGAGUGAAUUUGCCAAAAAAGAGGUCAAAAGCAAUGCCAAAUCCAGAAAAAUAUCAAGAUAAUGAGAAAGUUAGGCAGCUGCUUCUGGAAGGUGUGCCUGUGGAAUGUGCUCACAGCUUUAUCUGGGACCAGACUAUCUGUAAGAACGUUACUGAAAAUAAAAUCCCAGAGCAGGAUUUAAACCAUAUGAGAGGUGAACUAUUGGUACCUGGCUCACAGCUUGACUUGGGUCCUCGUGAAUCCAAGAUUCCCAUUCUCUUGGUUCAACAGCCAGGGAAAGUGGCUGGUGAAGAUCGACCAGGAUGGGGAAGUGGCUGGGAUAUCUAUCUGCCAAAGGGCUGGGGCAUGGCUUUCUGGAUUCCUUUUGUAUAUAGAGGCGCACGAGUAGGUGGCUUGCAAGAGGGUUUGAAACAUUCCGAAUAUAAAAGAACACCUCACAUUCCAAAUGAUUUCCCAGACUGUCCUGCUGGAAUCCAGUUUGCCAAAGAACUAGAAAACAUUCUUCUUGAAAAAUUCAAGAGACGCCCACCUGCAAAAAGGGCAAACUAUGUCAAACUUGGCACCCUGGCACCUUUCCUCUGUCCGUGGGGGCAACUAAACAGGGACUGGGAAGUAAGAAACAAAGCUCAGGAAGAAUCUGUGGUUACUUCAUCUGCAGACAGUAAGAGCUGUGCAACUCAAAGGCAGGUUCCUUGUGAGCCCAAACCUGGACUGAUUAUAGAGGAUCCUCAGAGUGGCAUGAUGGAAGAAAUGACAGAGAUUCAAAAUUUAUGCAAAGAAGACGGAGCUGCAACAAGUAGUGGCUUCUUUGUUCUCAGGAGCAGAAAGCUACUAAAGCAGUUGUCAGCCAGGUGCCGGCCUACUUGUGGAAAAGGUCAGAGGGUACGCCCUGCUUCAAAACUUGGACAGAAGGAAAUGACUGAAGAUGCCCUUUUAUCACUCUUUAAGUGCUACCCAAGGGUGCUGGUGUGGGUCAGCUUGUCUCUGAUAAGAAAAGGUAGCCCUGAAUUACAUACCAUGAUAUGCAUUCCAACACAGGAGGAUUUUCUACAGCUUAACAAAGACCAGCUCUUCUGUGGUCCUCAAGAGCCCAAACACAGUGACAUAUUCAAACACAAGAUACUGAAACUCAAAGAGAGAAAAAAGAAAAAGAACAACGAGAAGGCUCUAGAAAGUGGUGCUUCUGAUGCCCUUGAGGCAAAGGCAGUUGAGGAGCCUAAAGAACUAAUACUUGGCUUAUGGCCUGACCCUCUACCAGAUGUUACUUCACACUGCUCUAGAGUUCUUUUAGGUUUUGUCACUCAAGGGGAUUUUUCAUUAGCUGCUGGCUGUGGAGAAGCACUGGGAUUUGUUAAUUUGACAGGAUUACUGCAUAUGUUAUCCAGUCAACCAGCUGAUAAAAAAGGGCUUGUUUUGUUAAGAACUCCAGCAUCUCUACAGUACAGAUUUGCUAGACUUAAUAUUGAGGUAUAAGCACCAUAUUUGUAAUGAAAUAAUGUACAGAUAUUACCAAAGAAAUUAUUCCUUCGAGUCUCAAGAAAUGCCUGUGUACCCCAUGUCUGUAAUGGGCAGUUUAUUUUCCAUCAAACUAACCUGUUAAUGAACUAAGCUGUUGAUCAUUUAUGAUGUUUGUAUAGUGCAAAUGUUUUCUUUUCUUCUGAAUGUCUAUAUCAGUUUCUGUUUUAAAACAUACGUUGGCUUUUGCAUCCAGAAAUACUUCCAUUAUGCUGAGAUUGUUUUUCUAAAGGGCAUACUAUUUUUUUUGUUGUUGCUCCAAUGCAGUUGAAGCCAAUGAUAUCAAAGAUCUUUUACUUUUACAGUGUUUCCACUUCAAAAAGCUUUGGUCAUAUGGCUGCUGGACUCUGAUUACAGUUCAUGCUUCUGGUAAAUGCAUGCCAUCUGGGCCUAUGUAUACAGCAGUCAGCUUUUCAGGGCCCAUUCAAUCUUGCUGCUGAACAGGUCUGGCUGCUGCAGAGUAAAGUUCUGUAACCACCUCUAGCAUAGACAGUGUAGAUGACUUGUUUUCAUUGAAAGAAUUCAGUACUUAAUUGGAACAUAAAUAAUGACUUUCUACGUUAAAGGCUGUGAAACACUGACUGCAGCAUGUGUUAGCGCUUUGGAUGAUACAGGUUCCAAUUUUUUUCUUUCAGGGUCAGUGUAAACUUAUUAAAAAGGCAUUUUCAGAAUAAACAUUUUUCAUUAUUAUCAAGAAAAGUGGAUUUGGCCUACUGUGUGAAGAGAACUCCUUAAAAAUAGGAAUCUGAACUACAUCAUUUAAAGGUGUGCUGAAAUGCUUUAAAUGAGACAGUUAGGAUCCUACACUUAGUGUGAAGUAAUGCAAAUUAGCAGUCACCACACAAGAACCAGGGGUCACCCAAUGAAAUUAAUAGACAGCAGGUUUAAAAGAAACGUAAGGAAGUGUUUCUUCAUACAACACACAGUCAACAUGUGGCACUCUGUGCCAGGAGAUAUUGUGAAGGCCAAAAGCAUAACUGAGUUAAAAAAGAAUUAAAGAAGUUAAUUGAGGAUAGAUCAAUCUAUGACCAGUAACCAAGAUGCUCAGGGACACAACCUCAUGGUCUCCAGUGUCUAAAUCUCUGACUGUGAGAAGCUGGGACUGCAUGAUGCGAUGGAUCACUCACUCUGAAGCAUCUGGACACUCUUGGAAGACAGGACACUAGGCUAGAUGGACCAGUGGUCUGACUUAGUAUGCUCACUAUAAAGAGAAUACAUGGGUUACACUUAAAAAUAAGUAAAUAUACUUUCAAACACAAGAGCUGAAAAUCAGUUUUUACUCACCUGCCUAGAAAAGAGUUGUGUUUUUUCAUUUAACUUUAUUAACACCUUAAAUAGUUGAAGAGCUGCUGUAAGUGUAGGGGGUAUCAGCUGUUGCAGGAGAGAAAUAGAACCCUGAACUCGACUCUUGGAAGUUAGUCUUCAGUUUAUCUUUAGCCCCGAUGACAAAUAAUUGUAUCUUAUACCUGUUUUCUUUUGCUAGUUUGGGAUUUCUGAUGGUUCCUUUUAAUGUGAAUUUAGUCUUUGUGCAAUGUGCUGGAACCUGCAGUUGUGCAUGGGAAGUUUGUAGUAUGAGCAUCACUACACCCUUCAGCAUUUUUAUACAGAGAGAGAAUUUUUAAGGUAUUACAGUUCACCUUUAAAAAUGACAGCCAUUCUUGAGUUAAGGAGUUCUGAUAAUUGUAAGAUAGACAAUCAUGUGGGAGCGUGCUAAUAAAAUUUGUAGAUGACACAAAGAUGAGAGGUACUGCCGAUAUGUAGGGCCAUCCCUAGGAGGGAGUGGGGCCGGGGUGGAAUAGUGCAAAGUGCAAGGUCAUGCACUUAGGGACUAACAAGAAUUUUUUGCUAUAAGCUGGGUAUGUAUCACUUGGGAACAACAGAAGAAAGAGAGACCUGAAUGUAUUGAUUGAUCACAGUAUGACUAUAAGCUGCCAGUGUGACACAGCUGUGAAAAAGGCUAAGGGAAUCCUAGAAUGCAUCAGGAGAGGUAUUUCAAGUAGAGAUAGGAAAGUGGUGUUACCAUUAUACAAGGCCCUUGUGAGGCCUCAUCUGGAAUAUUGUGCAAGUCUGGUCUCCCAUGUUUCAGAAGGAUUAAUUCAAACUGGAACAGGUGCAGAGAAGGGCUAGUAGGAUGAUCAGAGGAAUGGAGAACCUGCCUUACAAGAGGAGACUUAAGGAGCUUGGCUUGUUUAUCCUAACAAAAAUAAGGUUGAGGGGAGGGCUGGUUGAUUUCUCUAAAUUUAUCAGAGGGAUGAACACCAGGGAGGGAGAAAAGAUAAGUUAAGGGUCUGUUGUUGGCAUAGGAACAAGUGGAUAUAAACUGGCCAUCAAUAAGUUGAGGCUUGAAAUCAGAUGGAAAGCUUCUAAGCAUCAGAGGAAUGAAGUUUGGCACAGCAGUGCUUCCUUUGAGGCUUUUCACUCCCCUUGACUUUGGUACAGUCGGUCACUCCGGUACUGUUGUUCAUGUCGGGACCAGCACUGUUUGUGAUAGACUGUACCCCUAUGCUUACCAUUUUUAUGAUAAAUUUUGUUCAAAGUAUGCUUUGUGAGGUAUCAUUUGAAAACUCCUAAUUCUCUGGUCAUUGUUGUUCUGGUAAAAUGUGUGUGGCAACAUUGUAUGUAAAGUUAAGAUUCUACUGUGUGGUGUUACAAAGGCAUAUUCCAACUCUGGGGAAGCAGCCCAAACCAGUUCCUCAGAGACAAAAAAGUAAACUGAUGCCUCAGCCAGGUGUCAACAUAAUCAGAUGAACUAUGACUUGGUUAAGUGGCCAUUUUUUGGCAGGAAGAAGUGUGUGAGUGAGAAAUGUACAUAUUGGCAAAGAAACAGGUGGGAGUUCCCAUUCCCCAGACUUUGUCACCUGAACCCCAGCUGAAGAUAAUCCUCAAAGAGGAGAGACGAGUAUAAAAACAGAGAGCACACAACACAAAUCAUCUCUCCUCCAUUCCUCUCUGCUCACAGCAGCCGCAACACCUGAAGAAACACUGAACUGGGGGAGGGGUCCUGGCUGGGAGGCUUUCAUCCCGUAAGCACUGCAAAAAGCAUGUGGUGAGAAAAUGUUUUGCUCUGAAUUUAUUUAGCUUGCUAAAUUGGGUAUUAGUUUGCGUUUUUUUUCUUUGUAACCAACUCUUUUAUGCCUCAUUACUUGUAAUCACUUAAGUUUCAUUUCUUUUAUUAAUAAAGCUGUUUUACUGCUGUA